AUGUAACGAUAAGACUCAUAAAAGAAUCAGGAAAUGAUAGUUAGAUUCCUUAACUUUUGUGCUACAUUAAUUUAAAAGAAUGUGAAGGGGUACAUUUAGAGAUAGAGGCACAAAAUCAUCAUGAUGCAUAUCAGAAGAUUCAAAGCUAUUUUAAAUGGAUUCAUUCAAGGAUAUAGGACAAGAUAAAUUCUGAAAGUCCCUGAUGUGGCUAAGUUGAGAUAAAAUAUUAUCGAAACUGAUGAUGGAACAUAUGGAAAUCCAUAAAUAAGACAAAAAAAGAUAAGAUUAAUAAGAAUGAUUGAAAACUAUUUACAGAAUGGUUAAUUCUACAAAAAACUUAAAAGAGUUAAAAGUUCUUAAAGAUAAUUUGUUCCUAAUCAAUAUUUGGAUAAUGAAUUUGUUAGUUAAGACUAAAAAUUCUAAUAAAAUUAUUACAAGAAACCCUCUAAAUAACCCCUUUAAGCAAACAAAGUUGAACAACAAUAUUAUGAUUAACUAAUUCAAAAUGAAUAUUCUGAAUAGCCAUAACCAUAUUAUUAAGAAUAUAUGUAAUAGAAUUCUUAAAUUCGUGAUUAAAGUCAUUCCAACUCUAAUUUAUCAGGAUAAUACCAACAAUCAUAAAGAAUAGAGUAUUAAUAAGAUGAAAGACCUAUUAAAUCGAAAAAUUAAGCAAAUUUUGCAAUGCAAGAAAGGUAUACACCUGAAAAAAAUUCAUAUGAUGAUGAUAGACCAAUUUGUGGAAAGGGUCAAUAUAAUUAUAUAGAGGAUGAAAGACCAAUAAAUGCAAAAAAUACAAAUACUUAUAAUAAUUUUGACGAUGAAAGGCCAAUAAACGCCAAAAAUGCUAAUACUUAUAAUAAUUAUGAAGAUGAUAGGCCAAUAAAUGCAAAAAAUAAUAAUGCUUAUAAUAAUUAUGAGGAUGAAAGGCCUAUUGCAACAAAAAAAGCAAACGCAUAUUAUGAAGAUGAUAGACCUGUUGCACCUAAAAAUAAAGGCGCAUAUAAUUAAUAUGAGGAUGAGAGACCUAUAAAAAAAGGCAAAGAUACAUAUUAAUUCGAACAAGAAUAAUAUUUAGAUAAUGACAGACCAAUUGCAAGCAAAGGAAAAUAUCAAUAAUUUGAAGAUGAAAGACCAUUAGGUGGAAAGGGAUAGUAUGAUAUACCUGCUGAUGAAAUACCUAUUAGUGGAAAGGGGACAUAUGGUAAUUUUGAAGAAGAUGCUCCUCCAAAGAAAUAGAAAUAACCUCCUAGAAAAAAAGCUGAAUAAAAAAAGGAGAACAAGUAAGUUGAGGAUAGAUAAUAAAAUCUUUAUGACAAUUAAAAUGAAAAUGAACCCCCCUUAGGAAAGAUGUAGAAUGAUGAUUUUAAUGAUUAAGAAAAACCUAAACCAAAAAAGAAAGAUCCUAAACUCUUAGAAAAUCUUAAAAAAAGAACAAAAUAUGAUCCGAGAAAAGCAAUUCAGGAAGCAAAGAAGAAAUAGGAAGAAUAAUAACAACUUGAAAAAGUUGAUGUUGAAGAAGUUGAAGAAUAAUAAGAAGUUUAACCAUAACAAUAACAAUAAAUUCCUUAAAAAAAGCAGGUUUUAUCAUAACAAAAUCUUUAAGAAAGAUAACAAUCACCAAAAACUAGCAAACUUAAUUUAAGUGCAACUCCUGAAAAGUAAGGACCAUCGGUUGAAUAAAUUGGAGAAUGCUCUCCUAAAGAUGAUGCUUCUGAUCAAAAACCAAAGAAUUUCUUAAAAAGAAAAUCUAAAUAGAUUCCAUUGAAAAAUCCAAAAGUAGAUCCUAAAACUGUUAAAUCAAAAGUAAAGAAUUGUUGGAAUGCAGGGAACACAAUGGAUGAUCAAGAGUUUGAUGGCAAUGAAGAUAUCCCUUAAAGUCCAAAAGCUUAUAUCAAUAAUAAAUCUCCUUCUAGACGAUUUGAAUAAAAGGGAUCAGAAUAGCAAUUAAAUUAUUAAUAGUAAUAAAUACAACAAUAAUAAUUAAUAUCAUAAUAAUAGUAGAUUCAAUAAAAUAAGUCAUAGGGUCCAUUACAUGUAUAGGUUUAAUUAGUUUAAGAAAAUGUAUCAUAAUAUUAAAUAAAUCCCAGUCAUCAAGCAAAUCAAUAGUAACAGUAAAAAAGGUAGUCAAUUCAACUUGACGAAUUGGAAAGAGCAUAUUAUUCAAAGUAUACUUAAAAAUUAGAAACAACUAAAAUGAAUCUUAAAGUGUUGGAUCAAGAGAGAUAAUAAAAUCCUAGAGGAGUUCCAAUAAUUACAACUAAAUCCAGAUUUUUUACUUCAUUCAGAGUUAACGAUUUCGAAAGACUCUUGGCAUAGUUAGAGGAUUAAUAUAAUAAAUUGCAAAUAUCAAAAUGA